CCUUUACCUGAUAUGGAUUAUACGUAUUCCUGUACUUGUAGGAAUGAAGACUCAAUUUGCAAGCUUGCUAGUUGCAGAGGACCGCAGAUGGGAACUUUCUUGGGGUCAUAUCACUCAAACGACACAAACAAUUGGCGCUCUCAGUUGCAACAGACGGCAUCAACACGUCAUACUCGAUACAGUAGACGAGAACCCACGAAUUCACCAAUUCUGAGGAGUAGCACUACAUCUGAGUGUCCUCACAGGUCCGCGUCAGGAUAUCCCCACAGGCGUAAAUCUCGGAAUUCACCGCGGCAUCGAUCUGGAGCAUCGAGAACCGCUGCAGCCUUCAUUGUACCAUUCCUAACCACACUGGUUGUCCCGGUGUCAACUGCGCCAGCAAAUCCCAAACGAUCACUUCACAACCGCCAGGCCAUUCCCGAUCAAUUUGGACGAACUGGAAACGAACCAGCGCCCGUAAAACCAGACGUUUCACCACUUCCACCACCCUUCACAGUCUCAUCAUCAAUUCCUAAAUCUUCUACCAGCACCGAAACCAUAAUACCCACCAUCACCUCCGCCUCGUCUAGGGUCCUCUCAAUCUCCACAUCGAUUCCAACACCAUCUUCCAGCGCCGAACCCUCAAUACCCAUCACACUCUUUACUUCAUCUACAGCACCCCUCCCCACACAGACCCCUACGCAAUCUUCCUCCGUAGAACCGCCCCUAGAAACCUCCUCCAUCCCCAUCCCAGACCCAACAUCAAUCCAACCAUCCUCGCCCAUCUCAUCAGCGGCAAUAGCGGGAAUAGCCCUAGGCAGCAUCGCCUUCGCCCUCCUCCUCUUCGGCCUCACAUUCCUAUACUUCUGCGCCCGGCGUCGAAAUCCAAGCGGGAUCACUGAAAUCGUGCCACAGCGCACAUCGCGAUUCUUCAACUUCAAUCGAAGACGGUCUUCAUCUUCUUCGUCGUAUCUGCGACGCACGAGUUCGUUCACGGAGGAGGUAUCGUCAUUUGAAUGGACUUCUGCAAGGAAGAGAUGGAAUAUCAGAAGAAAAGGGGCGAAGGGUGGCAGUGGGAGUAGCAGCGAGAGGGGGUUACUGCGGAAGAGCAGUAUUAGUCAUCCGAGGAUGGUGCCGGAGGUUCCGGAGGGGAUUGAGUGGCUGGAGAAGCCUAAGCCUGCUUUUUUGGCCGAGGACGGUGUUGUUGAUGCCGGGAGGGGAGGUGUGGAUGGUGACGAUGGGAGGAAUAGGAUGUGGUUUGGUGAGUUCGGUGGGGCUGGUGGGGAAGAUCGGAGGCGGUAUCCUGUUAGACCUGUGAGAAGUGCGGAGCCUUUGGGUAGGUUGAGUGGGAUGGGUUUGGGGAUGGGGUUGGGAGAAGCUAAGUAGGGCUUUGUGAGAUUGAAAUCAAAGUAUAUAUGAAGAUAUUUGCCUGGUAUAUACGCACUUCAGAGCCUUCCUUGAUUUUACCUUUCUCGAAUCUAUCGUGUUUGAUUAUCGCGACUACUUUCACUUGUUCC